ACUAUUUCAACUCUAUAAUGCAAGUAGGUCUUUUAUUAUAACGCUAUUCUAAUUUCUCCACUGUUUAGGAAAUGUUUACUUCACGAGUCCGGAUAAUUGUCCUACUAUUUUUCAUAGCAGGUCAACGAUCUCGAGCCAAUCCUACAACUGUAGCUUACCCAUUGGAAACACCACCCGAACAAUUGAAGGAUCAUGAAGCACAUGAACAAAUAUAUGAGGAGAAAAAAGGCCCCGAAGCCCACUGGGAUUGUCAACCUGGAUCAGACUACAUUCAGGAACAGAUUUCAAUCACAACAAGAAUGCUGAGUGAAGGCCAAACAAUGAUAGCGAAACAAAAGGACAUGUCAACUGACGAAAUUGUACUAGUUCUAGGUAAAGCUGGAAGUGGAAAAACAAGUCUAGUCCAGUACUUGACACAAAAUCCCAAACUGCAGGGUAAAGAAGUUAGCUCAGGCACCAGUGAAUAUAUAAUCGAAGAUGGAGAAAGGAUUGGAACAUCGGUAACAGAAUCUUUCACUCUAUAUCCUGAAAUAGUCAACUACAAUAAUUCAUCAAUCAGCUUCUGCGAUUCACCAGGAUUUCAUGACUCGAGAAGUUCUGCACAUGAAAUUGUCUCUAUGGAUGUGAUGAAAUCAGUAACCUCGAAAUUCAAAAAGGUCAAAAUUCUCUUGCUUGAAAACUACAGUGCUUUACAGCAUGGUAUAUCAAAGGAUAAUUUUAUGAGCACUCUUCGACACUUGAUUGAUUUCCUGGGUGAUGUUGAUAGAUAUAAGGAUCAUAUAGUGCUUAUUGCCACUAAAAUACCACUCAAGUACAUUACAACAGAUGAUAUAAAUGUUGUUUUGGGAAUUGUAACUGAAGAAAUGUUCAUUGAGAGCAUCAUGAAAUAUUUGAAUCAAAUAGAGAUGUCUAUAGCAGAAAAACUCAAUCAGAAGACUGGAGGUUGAGAGUAUUGCAAACACUUUGUUGCAGCAGAGUAACAUUAGCUGUGAUGCUCAUUCAAGGCUGGUAGUUAAAGGUUUCCAAAUUCGUAUUUCAGAAAUAAAUGCUUUGGAAUUGGCAUCCUACUGUAAUAACAAACCUGUGAAAGAAAUUGCCCUUCUCGCUGUUUGUACAGUAUUCCUAGAUGAGGACACCACUGAUAUUUACAGGGGGGUGAACCUGUUCAUAGCAGCACCGAAAUGGGAAGUGAUUGGGCAAAGGCAAAUAGUUCUCAGUGGUCAGCCAGGGCCUAGAAUACUUGAUGACGAACUUUAUGUGAACGGUAGUGUUGAUGGAAGACCUGGAUUACCAGGUGGCAAUGGAGGAAACUUUUUCGGAGUUGGUUUAGAUUUUCUGAAUGGCAAUAGUCUACGCAUUGAAUCAAAUGGUGGAAGAGGGGGGCCAGGAGCAGAUGGUGCGAAAGGAGCAAACGGUUCGGCAGGCAGAGAUGCAUCGGAAAAGUUAAAAUUGGGAAUAUAUAAUCGCAAACAUAAGUUUCGUACUGGAGUGAAGACAACUGAUCUCAAGAGUAGCUUAUCUAAACAACCUGAAGAAGCAUUUAAAUUCCACGCUUCUGAUUUCUGUUACGAUGUUGAAGUAGUGGUUGAAAUACUGAGUGAUGAAGGUGAUUGUGGCAAGAAUGGAAGCGCAGGGGGGUUGGGUGGAGAGGCAGGAUUUGGGGCAUUUGCAGGGGAUCUGCAGCUGAUUGAGCUGAAUGGCCGAUCUCAAAUUAAAACGCAGAAUCAAGAUGGCAGCCUGGGCGCACGUGGAAAACAAGGCGAACCUGGAGAACGAGGUUCAGAUGGCAUUGGCAUGAUUUGUGUUCAAGUAUCGAGACACCAGUAUAACUAUUAUAUAUCAUAUUGGAAAUGUGAAUCGACCAACGCCACAUCACCAACAUGUAACUAUUAUCAAAACCUGAAUGAAAACAUCGAAUUUCAGUAUACAACAACAGGCAUUGAACUGCCAGCACCUAAAACGACACCCGACUUCAGUUAUUACUUACUCGAAUACACAGCUUUACUGGAGCGACACUCCAAUCACACACUCUUCAAUAAGUUAAUAACAGAGUUCCGAGCAGCCAUUAAAACUAAGUUCUCGUAUAGUUCGAAUGGGACUUUUGCUGUUGAAAGGAGUAAUCCAAACAAAAUUCUAAACAAUUAAGGAGCAGGUCUGUUUUCGAAAUUGAAGAUUAUAAAAAUAAUAGAAUGUGAAUGAUAAUUUCAUAUAUGAAAUUUAACCUAUAACCAUGAAAUAUUACUUGAUACAGGUUAUGAAUUCAAUAGCAUUUUUUAAAUCCCCAUACACUACUCCCGGAUCUCCCUUUCCUACAUAAGCUGAUUAGUCCAGUCACUAUAUACAUUGGUGCAUGCAAUUUAUAUUGUAGUUCUGAUUUUCUAAUAUAUUAUUUGGGUACAUAAGAGAAGUCCAGA